UUGUGAACAUGAGUGGAGUUCAGCAAAUCAAAUUGUUUCUGGCUCAGGCUGCCAAGUGUCUUGCCCCAACAACUCAAACAUCUUGUGUCUCAAUUCAAAUCCCUAAAGCUUCCAGGAAGAUCUACUGAUAUCCAUGAGGAAAGACUCAUUUUCUGUUUCCCAUCUGAUCACUCAGCCUCAGACCCAGCAUGGGCACCCUUUUGGUCCGGAAACGCUAACAUGGAGUUACUCAUGUGUCAUUGCUGUAUGAAGUGUGUUAUUCUGGGAAAGAAACAUCUUCUGCACCUGGCAGGGCCUUGCUCAUUUCUGGGAGGAAGAGGAAGCAGAAGGAUUCAACCCCAGAAGAAUGUCACCUCUGAUGAAAUUUCAGCUUUUUAACAGAUUGAUCAUCUUCUUGUUGGAGACUGCCUCUGUCACCCAGCAGCCCACGGUUUCCUGUGGUGAGGAUUGCCUCCUGCAAACAUGAUGCAAUCUAAAGGCAACUGUAGAAGCAACAGAAGAAAAUUGGUGGUUUUGAAAGGGCAACUCACACUGCAGCGGAUUCAUCUCUUCUGAAUAAAUGAAGAAAGUGACUAUGAAAGCACAACAUCUACGUUCUGUUUCCAUCAAUGAGGAUAAGUUUAUAACCAGAGAGCAGCUCAGUUCUCUUCUGAAGAUUUAUAACUCUUACUAUUCCGAUCAAGAAAAUCUGCAACUGUCAUGUAAUCAGCGAGAAGGAAGCAAACCAUUUAUUGAAGGCAUCCUGCCGAUAUUUUGGGGAGUCCGACAUCCUAUCCAAUUAAAAAUUCAGGAUGAGAAGCAGAUACCCUCUUUUGUUACCCUGAAGUCGACAGAGAACGUGGGUUUGUUCCCUAGUAAGAGGGGAAUGACACGCUGGGGAGAGUUUGAUGACCUGCAUCAUAUUAGUGGGGAGACAUUGAAAUCUGCUGAAGAAAAGCCAAACCUUGAGAAAAGUUACGAAAGCCGCACUCUGCAGUCCAGGAGCGAGCAGGAACAGGGCUGUGGUACCCUGCCCGGGGCUGCCAGCGGCGCUGUGGCCGUGCGGAAGAGGACCAAGUUCCCCAUGAUAGCGAGGACAGAAGUAGAAACUCACAGGUUUUCGAUUAACGGCCACUUCUACAACUACGAGACAUCAGUUUUUACUCCAGCUUUUGGAUCGGAAACUAAAAUAAGAAUAAACAGCCAGAUGAGAACAACAGAAGUAAUAGAACAAUUGCUUCGGAAGUUUAAGAUAGAAAACAGCCCACACGAAUUUGCACUUUAUAUUAUCCAUGCAUCCGGAGAAAAGAAGCAGCUGAGGAGUGGAGACGUUCCCUUACUGCACAGACUCUUGCAGGGGCCCUCCGAGAAGAUUGCCAAGUUUUUUCUCAUGGACAGGGAUGUGGAAGAGAUUAGCAGUGAUGUUGCUCAGUAUAUUCAGUUUCAUCUUCCCUUUUUGGAAUCGAUUCUGCACAGAAUAAAUGAAGAAGAAGAACAGGAGAUUCAACAGACAAUUGCAAGGUACCUGAAAGAGAAGCGUAUGAUAUGCCAGCACCUUCACAGUCGAACUGUUAAAAAAACAGAGACUACUGUUUGAUGUGAAUGGCCCCACGCACCGCCUCGGCCAGAGGGAAGGCGGGAGGUUUGCUUGCGUGUGCCACAGCUGAAGAGCACUUAAAGCACAGGGGUGUGCACAGUGCUGGAGUUUCUCCUGGUCAUUAUGCAACCGAAACUGAACCCGCUCCGCUACAACUGGAAUGCAGGUUGGGAACCACCUAAGAUGCACUAGAUCCCCCAAAAGACAGAUGCUGAAUCUAGCUUGGGACUUAAGACAGGGAAAAAAUCCUGUGAGAAGCACAAGGCUUAAAAACUUAGAAAUCAUUACCAGAAGUCUAGCAUAUAAGAAAAAUAUUCCAAUAACCAGUGUGUAAAUCCUACAGAAAAUAUGCAAAUUAGGUAUAUGGUUUUCCUUCUAAUAGAGAAAUGUUGAAUUGUAUUAGGAGGAAGCUUUUCAGUAGAGAUAAGCGGCAAAAGGUAUUUAUGUAUCUAAUAUUGCAGUUAGGCUUUUCACUUGUCUUAAAAAAAAAAAGGACAAAGCAAAACAAACCACCAGUGCAAGAGAGACCUGAAAUCCUACCAGCUUCAGAUUGGUGGAUGCUUCACUUGCUUAAGCUUUGAGCUACAGUUAGAAAAAUAUAAAUGUAAACCCUCCCACUUAAUAGCUUCUCAGGUCUUAAACAUGAGGGAAUGUAUCUCUGAAAUGUAUCUUUAACAGCAAAGUAAGAACUCUCACUAAAUGCUGUGACAUCUUCUUGGGUCCUGGAGGCACUUCUGCAUUUGUUGUCGUCGUUGAAACAAAUGAUUCCAUGUAACUUCCUGUGGUUUCUGUGUGAAGGCGGAAAAGAGAAGUGUUGGGUGCGAGGGGCUGAGCGCCAGAGCUGAGCUGGGUUGGGUGGGCAGCCUGCUUCCCCAGACACAGCCCCCAGCUCUGGGGGCCUGGCUGGCUGAGCUGUGCUCAACAGUGAAGCUCACGCUGUAGAGAUGUCAAUAAAAUCCAAUUUGGCGCACAA